AUGUCCGUCGCCGGUCGGAUUUCUUCAAUUGCGACCACCAUCACACCUCAAUCUCACUCCUCUUGCUCUCCUGCCGCAAUCCUCCCCCUCCGCCUUCACAAAACCCGAACUAACCAUGCCUCUCUCCGCUGCUCCAACUCCUCCUUCUUCAACCCUAUCCGUAUAACCCCUAUCAUAACCACCAAAUCCCUCAGCCGCAGGCCAUCCUCCAUCCAAAUGAGCAUGGAGGCCGGAGUGGGGUUAAUGGGUACCAAACUGGGCAUGAUGACGUACUUCGAAUCCACCGGCAAGGUGGUUCCGGUCACCGUAAUAGGUUUCAGAGAAGGGAACCUUGUGACUCAGGUGAAAACCGAGGAUACAGAUGGGUACAAUGCGGUUCAAGUCGGGUACAGAAGGGUCCGAGAUAAGAAACUCACAAAACCCGAAAUGGGUCAUCUGGAAAAAUCAGGGAUAAUUCCAUUGAGGCAUCUUCAAGAAUUUAGGUUACAAUCCGUUGAAGGGUUCGAGCCCAAUCAGAAAUUGGUGUUGGAAGAAUUGUUCAAAGAAGGUGAUUUGGUUGAUGUUUCUGGCACCACCAUUGGCAAAGGGUUUCAAGGUGGUAUCAAGAGGUAUAACUUCAAAAGAGGUCCAAUGUCUCAUGGAUCAAAGAGUCAUAGGGCUCUUGGAUCAAUAGGAGCAGGAACAACACCAGGGCGUGUGUAUCCAGGGAAGAAGAUGCCUGGAAGAAUGGGAGGGACAAAAACAAAGAUCAGAAAACUCAAAGUUGUCAAGAUUGAUACUGAGCUUAGAGUUGUCAUGAUCAAAGGGGCUGUUCCUGGUAAACCUGGAAACCUCAUCAGAAUAACUCCAGCCAAGAUUGUUGGAAAGAAUAUUCCCAAGACACUCACCGGAAAAUCGUAUUCUGAUCUUGCAAGAUCCACCUACCUCCGCCUAUCACCACCGCGAUCUCGCCUCCAAAGUUUCUUCGACUUCCGCUUCUCCUAUAUAUCUCUUCCUCAAAUCACCUUGAGGUGA